GUAACUUGUUUAAAUCUGUGCAAAGCCUUCUUAAAUAGCCUCUCCCUUAGGAAUUAUUUUUAAAAAAUGAAUUCCCAAAUCUAGUCAAGAACCAGUGAUUUAAAUGACUGCCUUCAAAAGGAUUCCUCGAGUCUAGUCAAUGGAGAUAAAUGAUAGCCCAUUUCCAUGCUGCAUACAGUUGUUAGGGUUUAUAGAGUUAUCAAUAUGUAAAAGUACAAAAGCAGGAAAGAUGUAAAGUUGCCUAUAAAAUUUCUAGUUUUCAUUAUUUGCACUAUUUAUCUUUGCACUUGAUUUUUUGAAAGUUAAGACUAGUCACUUUCACUUUUGUUUCUAGUCUUUUCUAAUUUCUUACAGAAUUAUUUCAAUAUCCCACCCAAAGCAAAACUUAUAUGCAAUUAAAUAUGCUUUAUAAGUCCAAGAAAAUAUUUCUUAGUGUUAGCUAUGUAGAACAAAAAUUUGUUUUGAUAAAAGUUUUUAAUAUGGGCCUUUAUUUGCCAAUAUAAUCCUUUGUAAAUGUGAGCUUUAUUAAACUAUUUGAAUAGACAAAGUGAAAGCUUAGGGUAGAAAAAAAUAUAUAUAUAUGUAUAUGAAACGAUGUCUUUGAGUUCCAGCUUCCAGCCUGAGAUGGCCUGGUUUUGGAGUGUUGAUUUAUUUUCACUGAAGUCAAUGAGAUCUGAGUCUAGCUGGGUAGUGGCUUAAAAAGCUGGAAGCUAAGUGGGUGGCAAGUGGCAGCUCCCUCUUUUAUGUAGUUUUCCAUAAUGCUCAUAGAGUUUCAUCAUGGUCUAUGUGAUAUAACUGAUAUUGAAAUAAUUACAUUAAAUGAAUAUUCCUUUUUGGAAUUCAAGGUUCACUCACUUUUUGAGGGGGGGAGGGCAGCAAGGGAUAAGAGACUUUAUUUUAACUAGAAGCAUUCUUAUAACCUCAAGAUGUGCUCUAGGAAGAAUAGGAGAACAAAAUGUAUACCUGUGAACAUAUUUUUUGUCUUAGUGAGAUUGUGCAACACAGUGUUCGAAAUUGAAAAAAAAAAAACCCAAAAAAAACAAAAAAAGGUCGAUAGUUUUGUCAAUAGAAUGUGUUUUGGCUAAAAUUAAUUUUUGUACGCUAUUAUUUCAUUUUAUAGUCCCUUCCCUGUAUCCUUUUGGGCGCGUCAUACUUUAACGAGUGAGAGGCCUCUCUUUAGGAUCUGGUUUAUUUUUGGAAUGCCUGAGUGUGUUUCUCGAUUGGGGGGGGUGCGCACAGGGUGGUGUUUUAAUUCUUGACAUGCUCUUCUUAGCAUGUUUUGGUAGUCAUUCUCGAUCUCAUGUUUAUAAAUUCUGUUGAAAAUUCAGUGAUGUAUUGAAAUGGGUAAGUCCUCUAUGACAUAGUGUGAAUGUUUGUGGCUGGACUUUAUUGUAGAACCUUGUGGUUUUGUUUUCAGUUGGGAUAGAAAGUUAAACUUCCAUUGUUCAAAUUUUAGGUUUAUCUAGUGGAAUUGUGCCCAAUAGUUGUCUAACUAUGGACCAAUUUUGGGGAAUGAAGAUUGACAAAUGUGUAUUUGACUCUAGAUAAUCCUUUACUCAAAAUCAUAAAGGCUAUAGUAUUAGAGUUGUCUUAAGUUUUAGGUUGUCAGAUCUUCAAAUGUGGAUAAUGAUCAGCAUUGUGUUUAUGAAUUUCCUUAGGGAAAAGAGAAAAAUUCAGUCUCCAAACCUCUUCUUGGAGACUAAACUUACCAUAUAUGGAAAAUGAAAAUAUUUUAGAAAGUGGCUUUGAUUAUUUUUUAAUGGAGUUUAAUCAGCUUAAUUAAUUAUUUUUCUUAGGUUGAAGCACUUAUUUCCCAAAUUUGAAUAAAGGGAAAAGAUCAGCAAUUUGGCCCCUUUUUUCUGAGGCCAUUUUUAGUUUUCUGCCCCCAUUUCCCAACCCUAAUAUAAAAUGAAUUACGGGUAUCCCUCUAAGUCCUUGUAACCCCUUUCUUCACAGAAACCUUUGAUAAUCUGAUGAAAGUGAUGGACCCUCUCCCCAGGAAAAAAAAAAAUGCACAUACACAGAUAAUUUUUACAUGCAACCUCAGGGGCAUCACACAUCUGAAACCCAAGAUAAGGAUCUCUGCUCUAAGUAUAAACUCUGUAGAGAAAAUUUUAAUGCAAUUAAUUGAUAAAAUUAAGAAUUAACUAUUGGCUUAAAACAUUUCAGAUUGGAAUUAUUGUUAGAUGGUGGCCCCUACUAGCAAAAUGUGACAUUGCAACCAGCUUUGUUAGACAUCCAGACAGAAGGAAAAAAGAAGCAAUGUUCUGAGAGCUAUUUAUAAGGAGUCAGGGCAUCUUUAGACGUGGGAGCCAUUCCUGGUUCAAGGCAGGGGUCAGGGUGCCUGACAGCUUCUAGGAGGGUAGAGUUUGAUAAACCACAAUGCUCAGGAUGCCACGGGGUUAGCCAUUAUCUUAACCCCUUCCUCACCAAAAGAUUUUAGUUUUGUCUAUUAGGAAAAAAGAUGUCACUGGGAAAAAAGAUUUGCCUUACAACUUUGCUGGAACACAUCAGUUUGGUGAUGUAUGGGACACCAGUAUUAUUUGUGAGAAGGUACAUAAAACCAAAGUAAAUUAUUCUCUAUGUAGAACAUUAUUUACUAGUAACAUUUGUUUGGAUGUAUUAGCUUUGACAAUUUUUACCAGUAAAUAUUGGUUUUAUUUAAAACUGGGAAUCCAGUUUAUAAAUAGGAUAGUUAUUGUAUCUGUCCUUUCCCCUAUGUAAAGAAUAGUUUAAAGAUUUAUGCAUACUUUUUACUUCUCUCUUGAUGCCAUGGAGUGGGGUGGGUGGGGUGGGGGGAGAUUUUUGAGUCAACGACUGACAAAAUGUCUUCUCCAAAUUUAAAAAUUGAGAAAUCAGCACUUUAAGUCCUAACUCUACACCAUUUUAGUGCAUGUAUUAGUUUUCAUAAUGAUUUUUGGUGCAUGCCUUUGGGCUUCUUCAAAAGUGUAUAAUAGGAAAGUAUAUUUCCUUUCUUAGAAAGGAGAUUUUUUUUCUACUUUGCAACUUGUGAUUACAAAAAUCUUCCUCUGUGGGAAGAUUAACCAUGUAUUGAACUACUGAAAAGUAUAUAUUUUUAGAUAUACAGAAGGAAUCUACAUGGAGCAGCAUUCAGACCUAUAUAGAAGUCAUAGCAUUCUGUAUAGGACCAAAAAGGAAAUAACAUUAAACACUUAAACAGACUUUGUUGGGUAGAAAUACCUUUAGAUCUUGCAUUGACUUCCAAAAACAAUAUACCACAGAAGUUUGCUGAAAACUUUUGUUGUUUGAAUUUUCUCUGUCAGAGUAUUUAGCCCAAAUACAACAGCUUUGGGUUAAACACAUACAUAAGAAUCAAAAAAAACAAAGCUAACUAAAUAGAUCAGUCUGGUUUGUCAAUCCAGCUUGACUGAAAUAAGUAAACUAAUCACUUGGAACAUGAAAAACUGUCCAACUCCUCUAAGGUUUUUAACAAAAUAACCUUGGCUGAUGUGGGAAGAUACCCACUUUGAUUUCUGACCUGACAGUGAAGAUUCAUGCUUGACAUGAUUUCAAACCUGACAGUGUCUGUUUAAGGAGCUAUGGUACAGUUUGCUAAUUCAAUCCCAGAUACCUGUUGAUUACCUGUGAGAUCUAGAGUCCAAAGUAGCCAGCAGCCAUAUCCCUGAGUGCUCUGUGCCCAUCAGAUCUCUUAAAGUAAGCAGGGUUGGGACAGGUCACAGCUCAGAUGAGUGACCUCAGGUGCUGUGGACAGCCCCAGAUUCAAGAAUUGUAUCUGUUUUCUUGGGAGUCAUCACUGAACUAAUGUCCCACAUGGUAUUACUUACUGUAGAUGCUCUCUCAGAGGAGGCCCAGAGCACACAUCCUAAUCGCUUGUGGUACUCAGAGAGGGGGUGCUAACUCUGAGGCCCUGGCCAAAUUCCAGUUUAGGGAUGUGGGUCUUCUUCUUGCCAUUCUAAUUGGAAAUUGCAUCGCUUCCCAUUUUCCCUGUUGACCUCAGUGCAAACUGCAUUAGUCUGUUUCUUUGCCCUGGUCCCAAGUAAGAUGCUGGUGUGUAUUAUAUGGGCCACGUUCAUGCCUUAUCUUAAUGCACAAGAGUUGAGGAAUGAGUAAGCUCCAUAUCAAAGUGCCCUGUCGUUAGAGGGGAACUCUUGUGAUGCUUUGGAGGUGAAAUGGGCCCUUUUAGACUGUUGGAGAAUAUGCACUGGCCGGAGCCUUCCAGCCACGAGGUGUGAAUUGAAACCUAGUUCCCUCUUUUCUUAUAGCAUGUUGAGAAAAUCUGUUGGGUUUUCAGCAGUCAGGGAAGGCCGGAGUUCUGCAGCUUUAAUCUGGGUAACUGAGGCUGGUUGGGGCAAGACUUUGGUUAAUUAACUGGGUUCUCAGAUGCCACAGACUCCGUGAAAAGUCACCAUUAUUUUCAAUGGUUGUGAUAGAAUUUCCCCCCAGUAGCCAUUAUUUUAAGAUUAUAUUGCAGAGUUGCUUUAUUUGAGCUUUUCAUGUAUACACAAUCCCAAACUGGAAGAAAUAAUUAAAAAAAAAAAAAAGGAAUCCUGCUGUGAAAGGUAUAUAUUACUCUAGAUUUUUCUUACUGUAAAUAUUGUAAGAUUGUAAUACUGUCGAUAUUUUAUUAACCAACAAAUGUUAAUCUAUGUGAAUUCAGACUUAUUUUAAAUGUGCUUCUUAUUUACUGUGUGUGGUCCCUGUUGCUGACAGUAUUAAGUUAUAUUCUGAUGUAAGAUUAACUUUAUUAAAGAAUGUAAACAUUAAUGUUUCCUUAUGGGAAAACAAAUAAAGUAUAAAGAAGACAAUUCUUUUCAUUAAAAUAUACUGUGUAUUUACACUUGCUAGACCCAGCACCACUUAUAAAUUUAGUACACCGUUCAGAAUUUUAGUUAACACGGCUGACAUGGUUGUGCUCUGUUUGAAAGUCUAAGAGUAGGUAUUGUUGGAAUAUAAAGUUUGUAUUUGUCUGCUGUGAAUCAUAAUCUUGAAAUUUCUAAUCAAGUUUGUAAAAUUUUUAUAGUAAAACAUUUUAAUGACAAUUUAAAAAUUUACUUCUCUAAAGAAUGGUCAAAACAGUAUCCUUUCAAAAAUAGAAUUGUUCUUUAAUAUCUUUCCAAACUGACUUUGGUUAAAAUGGACCAGAUGUAUAUUAGUUAAAAUUUAGGACAAAGUUGUGAUAUUCUUUGAGUUUACAAGUUAAUCCUUAUUGGAAAUGUGCCAAUUAUACAGUAGAAUAUCAUUAAUUUGCACUGUUUGGGGACCCCAUUAAGAAUGCUGAAUUUUGCCAACUAAGAAGUAAGCAAAUGCAAUUUAAAAAGUAAAUUUGAGCAUUCUGUAUUAAAUAUGUGCAGUUAUUAUCACAUGAAGAAGCGCAGUGUGUCGGGCUGUAAUAUAACCAUACUUGCUGUCAUGUUCUCCCAUCUCAGUGCUGGGAACUCACCAUGUGGAAACCAAGCAAAUGUGUUGUGCAUCAGCCGGCUUGAGUUUGUUCAAUAUCAAAGCUGAAACUAGCGAGGUCUGCUGUACUGCUUAUUGAAGUAUUGUGAUUCUUUUAGGCAUUGAUUCUUACAAAAUAUAUACUGUAACAGUAUACUUUGUACAGAUUUAAAUUUUAUUUGAAAAAAUGAAAUAAAGUAGGCAAAAAAAUAAAGAUGUUUAUUUUUC